UAGUGAAAAAGAAGGAAUGGUGGCGCCGGAAAGUGACCGUAGAGGGGUCAGUCAUUAACUCUUCUCAGCGUUUUAUUUUUUUGGUCCUCAACAAAUCUUUCACCUUCAAGAUCUUCUCCUUCCCCUCUUGCUCCGCUAUUUCAAAUCUCGUUUCUUCCCCCAACCGCAACCUCUGAUUCAUUCCUCCUGCUAUUUUAAGCAGGAAUUAGUAAAAGGGCGGAGAAGAGGCGAUUUCUUCUUCUUCUUCUUCUCUCUGAUUCGAUCUUACGUUGUUCCGAUCUGGCGGAUUUAGGGUUUUCUCAUCUGGGUUUAAGUUAAAUAGGCAAUAAAGGUUUCGAAUUUUGGAUUUGGGGAUGGCGGAAUCAGGUGGAGGAAGCUGGCGAGAUUCUUAUAAAGGGAUGUCGUCUGAUAACAUCAAGGGUUUGGUUUUGGCCUUGUCUUCUAGUUUGUUCAUUGGAGCUAGCUUCAUUGUUAAGAAGAAAGGGCUUAAGAAAUCUGCUACUACUGGCACUAGGGCAGGUGUUGGUGGGUAUUCUUAUCUUUACGAGCCUCUUUGGUGGAUCGGCAUGACAACCAUGUUACUUGGUGAAAUUGCCAACUUUGCUGCUUAUGCAUUUGCGCCAGCUAUUCUUGUCACUCCUCUAGGUGCUGUCAGUAUCAUUAUCAGUGCUGUCUUAGCUCAUAUUAUAUUACGGGAGAAACUACAUAUCUUUGGAAUUCUUGGCUGUGCCUUAUGUGUUGUUGGUUCGACGACAAUUGUCCUACAUGCUCCUCAAGAACGUGAAAUUGAUUCUGUGCUUGAAGUUUGGAAUCUUGCAACAGAACCAGCAUUCAUGUUCUAUGCGAGUCUGGUAAUUGGGGCUGCUGUAUUUCUCAUUAUCCGUUUUGUGCCCCAAUAUGGGCAAACAAACGUAAUGGUUUACAUUGGUAUUUGUUCGCUUGUGGGAUCAUUAUCGGUAAUGAGUGUAAAAGCACUUGGAAUAGCACUAAAGCUGACGUUCUCAGGAACAAAUCAAUUAUUUUAUCCUCAAACAUGGAUAUUUACCCUGGUUGUACUUACCUGUGUGAUUACCCAACUGAACUACUUAAACAAGGCUCUUGAUACAUUCAAUACAGCUAUAGUAUCUCCAAUAUACUACGUGAUGUUCACAUCUCUAACUAUUUUGGCCAGUGUCAUCAUGUUUAAGGACUGGGAUCGGCAAAACGGUACUCAAAUUGUCACAGAAAUGUGUGGAUUUGUUACAAUACUGUCAGGCACUUUUCUUCUCCACAGAACAAAGGACAUGGUCGAGGGUUCAUCGGUAAUAUUACCAUUGCGCAUAAGCAAGCAUACUGAUGAAGAAGAAGGCAUUCCACUUAGACGCCAAGAAUCUCUCCGGUCACCUUAAAAGCCUUUCGCUAAGCUUUCUGGUCCACUGCGAGAACUGCAAACCAGAGCAUCAACCUUUUUUUCUUUUUCCUUAUCUCGACCUACUAUGAGCAUGGACCAUGGUUCUGUCUAACAAAUUCAGAUGGUUCAAGAAGAUCUGAGGAAGGAAAGAGGAGCAACGAAGAUGAGAUUAUCAUCUUCUCCAAUGUUGGUAAAUAUGCUGUGAGUUUAAGCACACGCCAUUUUUAGCACACACCCACGCCUAAACCCUUUUGUGACCUUAAAAUUUUCUUAUAAACAGAGAUGGGUUUUGCUUAAAUUGUUCUUACAAGCAUAUAUGAACUAACGGUUUUCAAUUCAAGAUUUGCACCUUUUCUUCA